AUGUCUCGCCGUUACGAUUCCCGAACAACCAUCUUUUCACCAGAGGGACGUCUGUACCAGGUCGAAUAUGCUCUAGAAGCCAUCUCACACGCAGGUACAGCCAUUGGCAUCCUGGCAAAGGAUGGUAUCGUCUUAGCUGCCGAGCGAAAGGUCACCUCGAAGCUUUUGGAGCAAGACACCUCCGCCGAGAAGCUCUACAUCUUGAACGAGUGCGCAAACCCUCCUUUGUCUACCUCGCUAGGUUGA